UUUUUUUUUGACACAGUUGUAUCCGAUCAUAAUUUUGUCAAAAUUAGGUUCUUCAGAAAGAGAAUCUCAAGAGGCCAGUCGAAGGCUAAAAUGGACAGCAUGCCUGACAAUGUAUCUUCUUUAUCCCUUCUCCAUGGGCCUUCCGAGCCAGCCCUUAAAACAUACUCUAUCGGCCAUCUUCUCAAACAGCAGGCAGCCCAGCUCCCAACCCAGGAAGCAGUUAUCUUUCCAACGGAAGGUGUUAGACACACCUACCAAGAGUUGAACACGAGAGUGAGAACUGUCUCCCGGGCACUGAUAGUACACGGAAUUAGAGCCGGUGAUCGUAUCGGAGUCUUCUCUGGUAAUUGUGCGGCGUAUGUAGAGAUAUUUCUAGCAGCAACAAGCAUUGGUGCGGUUACCGUAUUGCUCAAUAAUGCAUACUCAACUACAGAAUGCCUCAAUGUACUUAGGACUACCGGAUGCUCGCUGCUCUUCACCGCAACGCAUAUCGGGGAGCGCGACUUGUCAUCUUGCCUGAGAGCUCUCAAGACUUCGUUAGAUAGCAACGAGCUCCCAUGCUUAAAUCAAAUCAUUCUCAUCCAAACAAAUAAUUACUCCUCGGGGCAGUUCGCAUCUUUCGAGACCUUCCUUAAACACGCGAGUGUUGUACCAGACUCAACACUCUCUGAGAUGGAGCAAAAAGUCCAAGAUGACCAGAUCUGCACAUUCCAGUUCACAAGCGGCACAACUGGAGCGCCCAAAAUCGCCAUGCUAACCCAUAAGAACGUCAUCAGCAACGCCCACCUCAUCGGUCACCGUCUACUCCUAACAGAGAAAGACGUGAUCUGCUGUCCCUAUCCUCUCUUCCACAUUUCCGGACUUGUAAUAGGCCUUCUCUCAUGUCUGACGUACGGCGCAGCAAUCGUAUAUCCGUCGCCAACCUUCGACCCAGUAGCGGUCCUCCAUGAAGCUAUGCGAGAGAAAUGUACGGGUCUUCACGGCACGCCGACCAUUUUCAUUGCUCUACUAGAACGAUAUCGUGAGCUCAAUCUUGGUCCAUUUCGCAUUAGAACUGGCCUCAUUGGCGGUGCGCCGAUUCUCGCAGCUUUGCUAAAGGAUAUGCAUGUGGCAUUCGGGUUUGAAGAUCUAAUGGUGGCUUAUGGAAUGACUGAGACAUCUCCGAUUAGUUUCAUGUCUCGCUCGGCAGACCAGCCUUUUGACGGGGUGUUUCAUAGAAAUAUACUCCCGCACACUUCUGCCAAGAUCAUUGAUUCGUCGGGGAAGAUCGUGCCUCAAGGUGUGCGCGGUGAACUCUGUAUUGCCGGGUCUGGUGUUCAGAGGGGAUACUAUCAGAAUCCGGAGAAGACGCGUGAGGCGCUGAAGCCAGAUACUUCCGGGGUAGUGUGGAUGCAUUCGGGCGAUGAAGCGGUUAUGGAUGUACAUGGACAUUGUGUUAUCACAGGUCGGAUCAAAGAUAUCAUCAUUCGCGGAGCGGAGAAUAUCUAUCCGGCGGAAAUAGAAGAACAUCUGAACAAACACCAUUCUAUCUCUCAGUCGUGUGUCGUCGGAGUGAAGCAUGAAACAUUAGGUGAGGAAGUUGCGGCUUUUCUUCAGGGUACUCUGGGACAGCCUCGUCCCUCCAAUGUGGAAAUCCUUGAGUGGCUGCAAAUAAACCUGGGGGCGCAGAAGGCACCUGCGUGGAUAUUCUGGUUGGGUGAUGCCAAUGUGCCUGCUGUAUUUCCGAUUACUGAUAGUGGGAAGAUCAAGAGGACAGAGAUGGUGGAACUGGGAAAUCGGUUGGUGGGGGAACGUAGGACACAUCUCUAG